AUAUAUGUGAAUAGCAGUGACAAUGCAACGUCAAGUAACCGUUCACGAGAUAUGAUGACCAGUUCGGAAAAUAACACCAGUAAUGCGGAACACGAAAUAAGAAAUGACGAUAAAACAAAGCAAAUAUGCAGAGUGCUAUAUGAUUUCAAUGCGAACGCAGACGACGAAAUCACCAUAAAGGCUGGAGAUUGCGUGAUAAUUGAGGGACGUAUCAACGAUGACUGGCUGUACGGUUACACAAUUUCGGACAAGUCCAAAACCGGACGAUUUCCGACCACUUACGUUACACAAUGA